GUCAUUUAAGUCAAAACACAGCUUGCUAGCGCUGUGCUGAGGCUGAUCGACAUGGAACAAUUGUCUCUGUAUUUGUCUAAUGUAAACAUUUCUUUGGGUCAAACGAUGGAAAAUGAAAAGGGUGUGGAUGGGUCAACUUGUUUGGAAAUGCAAGACAUGAGCCAAAAGAAGGUGAAGAUUCCUCGUAGGACAAUCUAUUUUGCCAGUGGUGAAACCAUGGAGGAAUACAGCACUGACGAGGAGGAGGAAGUAGAACCUGUCCAGAAAGAUGUCUUACCAGUAGACACAUCAAAAAUGACUUGGGGUCCUUACGUCUGGUUUCAAAUGUGGAGAAUGGCAACUUCCACUGUCUCAGUAUGUGAUUACAUGGGUGAGAAACUUGCCUCUCUGUUUGGCAUCACUACCCCCAAAUACCAAUAUGCAAUUGAUGAAUACUACCGUAUAAAGAAAGAGGAAGAGGAGGAAGAGGAGGAGAAUCGUCUUGCAGAGGAAGCAGAACGACAGUUUGAACAGAGCAAACAGCAGAGUGAUUCUACCACCAUGCAACAACCAGAGUCAUCAUUUGUAAACAUUAACUUUGAGAUUGAACAUGAUUCUUCCCCUGACAGUAAAGACAUAAAUGACACAGAUGGUUAGAUCCUCUAACAUUUAUGGGGAAAACACACUGUGCUAUUUUAAUCAUAUACAUUUUUAAAUUGUAACCUUACAUGUUUUUGUUUGUGGAACUCAUUGUAGGAUAUCAUCUUUGUCGGCCUAUCACUACAUCUCUAUUUAGAUUUCACUGUAAAAUGUUGGUUUAUCUUUGCCAAUGCCAAUUUACAAGAAAUCAACAUGUAUAACUUACUGAAUGUUAAUAGUUUAAUUAAUCCUUAAAGUGUCCUUGUGGAAGGUACAGUUGUCAUAAGCUUAUAAGUACAUUAUCUUCAGAGAGCGAUUGUUUCAUGGUAACGAGCUUUAGUUCAGUGGAAGUAAAGCACAAAUGUUUAACCAUAGCCAGGUAAUUUGCCAAAAAAACAUUAAUUUCUAGUAAUAGAAUAUUACCGUAUAUCAAAGAUGUUCUGUAUUCUUGAACGGAUUCUUAAUGAUUUAAUUUGAUAAUAGAAUAUAAAGGGAAUAGAGUAGGUAUUUCUACUAGUUUAUGAAAUAUUCCUUUGUGAAGGAUUUUUUUUUUCUUUUUUAACAAAGGACAAAGAGGUUUGGAAGCAAACCUUUUUAUUUAACUAUUUUACAUUGACCUGUACAUAGUAAAUAUUUAUUUUGUGUCUU